AUGGCUCCUCCAUCAAGAAUCAAGAAGAAAGUCGUCUUUCUUGGAGAAUCGGGUGUGGGCAAAACGUCGAUCGUGCUUCGAUACGAUGGAAAGGGAUUCGACACAAGUAUUCGAGCGACACUUGGCGCUAGUUAUCUCGUAUCGACAAUCCCGAUCGCCGCGACAAAUAUCGAGCUGCAGAUCUGGGACACGGCCGGGCAAGAAAGAUUUAGAUCAAUGGUACCAAUUUAUCUACGAAAAACGGAUGUCGCGAUUUUAGUGUACGAUAUAACGGACAUAAGAAGCUUCGAUCAAUUAAAUACAUGGGUUCAUUUUCUCCGAAACGCGGAAACGAAUGACGCAAUGAAAUUGGUGCUAAUCGGCAAUAAAACCGAUUUGGAAAUGAAAAGAACAGUUGAUCAGAGGAAAGCGAUUGGAUAUGCGGCAAAGAUUGGAGCGUCCUAUCACGAGACAUCAGCCGCCUCGAAUACGGGAAUUGAGGAGGCUUUUUUCGAGUUAGCCACACAAAUCGUCGCCUCUUAUCCGAUGGGAAGACGAAAAAGAUCGGAAGAAAUUAACUCCGUCACUCUCAAUGAAACGAAAGAGAACUCGUCGAAAUGCUGC